CGAUAGAGAGAGUAGAGUCGUGAAUCUGUGAUAAGGUUAGUUCUUUCACUAAUUGGAUUUAGGGUUUCUUCUUUGAUUUUGAUAAUCUGGCUAUUGUCAAAACAAUGGAUGAUAAAAUUCAAAAGAGAGAUUUAAUUUGUGAACUUCCAGAUGAGUUGCUGUUGAAGAUACUAUCUUCGCUUCCUAGUAAAGAUGCUGUAACCACGAGUGUCUUGUCGAAACGGUGGCAAUCUCUUUGGAAGGAGAUGAAGACAUUCAGAUAUGAUGAGGAACUUCGAUGUGGUAAUGCUAGAAUUGCUUCUAAGUUUACGCUAUUUAUAAGUAGAAGAUCAAGAGUAGAGAUCUUGCAGCUCAAGCUGACCCCAUGUUAUGAAAAAACAAUCAUCAAACGUUUGGUUAGCAAUGCCCUUGCUCGCUCUUUGAGAGAGCUGAGAAUUGAGAUGGUUUACAAUUCAUUUGAGUUGCCUGUUUUCAUGCGACGAAUCUGUGAAAACGCUUCUAAGCGUAUGCCCACGUCUUGAAGAAUUGGUUGUGAGACGAAGCUCUUAUACAGAUGUGAAGAUAUUUUCCAUCAAUGUCCCUACGCUGAGGAGUUUGUAUGUCGAUAAUUCGUCUGGGAAAUCUAGGCCUAAAGGUGUCCACGGGUUUGUGAUCAAUGCACCUUCUUUGAGGUGUUUUAGCAUUAGGGAUAGCUUCAGCAACUAUUUACGGUUUAGAAAUAUGCCAAAGCUGGUCAAGUCUACUGUCAACGUUGUUUGUGACAUUAUGAUA